CGGCGAUCACAACACACGCAACGCCCAACAACAAACAAACAGACGCCGUAACUCACUAGUUCUAGCUGUUCUAGCUCUUUCCCGCCUUGAUUUACAGAAUAUCCAUCCUAAAAAGAUGGAUGCCUAUAAUGAGGAGCGUGAGAGACAGAUUCACCUCUUAAAAAUGAGACGCAGGAAUCUAAGGGAUACUUCUGAUCCCUUCAAUGUUACUUAUGAGACUUUUACAAAAUCAUAUCGACUGUCUCAAGAUUUAGUGUUUAGUCUCAUUGAAUUGAUUCAGCCUUUUAUAGCACGCCGCAAUAGUCCUCUUGCGGUACCUCUUGAGCUCAAGGUGCUUGCAGUUUUGAGCUUUUAUGCCACUGGCUCUUACCAGAGGCCAACAGGUUGUCACUUUGAUUGCACAAUUGGACAGACUACUGUCAGUAGAUUCAUUGAUGAAAUAACGGAUGCUCUUAAUGAGGAAGAGGUUCUGGCUCGCCUUGUGCGGUUUCCCGCCAAUGAUCAGGAAAUCAAUAAUUCCAUUGUCAGAAAUCGGAGCUUGGGUGGCAAAAUAGACAACGUACUUGGCUACACUGAUGGGUCCCUUUUCAAAAUUAGAAAACCUUCAGUUGAAAAUAACAGGCAAGCGUUUAUCGGGAGAAAAAAUUUUGCAUGCAUAAAUGCUCAAAUUACCUGUGAUAGACGUCUAUAUGUAAUGAAUGUGCUGGCAAGAUACCCUGGAGCGACCACUGAUUCAUUUAUUUUUGAAGAUAGUGCCCUGCGCCGCAGAAUGGUGGAAAUAUAUAAUGGGCGCCGCUGUCACCUUCUUGGAGAUGUGGGUUAUGUCCUUGAGCCAUGGAUGAUAAUACCAUUUGCUGGACCAGAAGAAGACACGCCGGAAAGGCGCUUCAACAAAUGCCACUGUGGUGACAGAAACGCAGUGGAAAGAUGCAUCGGUGUCUUAAAGGAAAGAUUCAGAUUCCUUCAUGAUGAUUGCGUACCACAUUACGACUACGUCAAAGUUUGUAAGUUUGUUAAUUGUGGAGUCGUACUCCACAACUUGUGUGUGCUGACCAACACUCCCCUCUAUCUUGAUGAUCUUGAUGAAGCCCUGCUUGUCAACAACAAUGUCAAUGAAGAACGUCCAGAGGAAUUCGAAGAAGCUGAUGACCCUGAAGAUCCGGACCCUGAUGUUCCCAUCGGUCGAAGAAAUGCGGCUGCUGUAAUUGCUCUAGGGCAUCAAGUUCGUCGGGAAAUAGUUGAGGAACUGGAGGCGCGCCGCCAAUAGUAACACAGACUUAGAUAAGGUGUGAGCUGUCCUAACUUGGAAGUGACUUGUGCAUUGUUGGCCAUUCAAAUUCUGUGACAAUAUUUGUAGGAUUGGUGCGUUGGUCUUAAUAUCAGCCUGGUACAUUUGUAUGGUGUCCCCUGAGCUACUUUAAAUUCAUGCUCUUCAUCCUCUUUUUGAAGCUUGGAUCCCUGUGAAUAUAUUGUAAUACUGGCUGAAAGACUUCACUAUUAUAGAAAGAUUGGCAAAUUUGCAUAUAUUUGUGUGUCAGAGUUGCACACAUGUGCUUGAGUAGUUUUUGUUGUGCUUUAGACUUAGAAUUUUCAUCUGUUUAGUGUAAGGAUCCUUUGGAUUGUAUGUUUUAUAGUCCGAACAGUGAAAGAAUACUAAAGCACAUAAAUGUUUGUGUCUCCCACCUCUAUUUCUUAAUGUCUAGAAAGUCAACAACAUUAUCAAUGUCAGUUCUUUGACUUUAAAAUUCUCAUGCAUUUUGGUGAUAAUUAAACUGAAAGCAAAUAUAUUGA